AGAAAGUUAGUCUCUUUUAGAUUUUUUUUCUUUUGAUGUUUAUAUUUUACGCUAGAGAAUGGAUGAACUGACAGCAAAGCUUGCAGGGAGCUUCAAUGUUACGCUGGAGCCAAACAGUACAGCUGCUCAGCACCCGCGAUAUGCCCUGUAUAAAAGUAAAACCCGAGUAGACCAGGAAACAAGGAGGAAAAGAAUUCUGGAGGAACAGAAAAAGCAGCGAUUUGACUAUCUAAAGCAUGUGCGGAACUUGUCAGAGGAUGCCUGGGAAAACACAGAUGCCGAGUCCGUGGCUUCGGAGGACUCGAUGGACGUAUCAUUUGAGGGGGACAAUGUCAAGUUAAGACGACCAGGGAAAUAUUACAGAAAUCAGCUGAUGUAUUCUGAGUGGCUUGUAGAGAAACCAGAGGACUUUGAACAAGAAUGGCUGACAGUUAUAUGUCCUUGGGGAAAAAGGAAUCUAGUGGUAGCAUCCAGGGGUAGAACUCAUGCCUAUGCAAAAAAUGGAAGUCGAAUGAAUUCUUUUUCCUCCCAUCUACCUGGAGGAAACUAUGCUCAGAAAGGAAAAGGAAAGGGAGAUAAUGUGAUUCUAGACUGCAUUUUUGAUGAGAAUGAGGGAAUUUACUACGUCCUGGACAUCAUGUGUUGGAGGAACCAUCCUGUGUAUGACAGUGAGACAGAGUUCCGAUUUUUCUGGUUGACAAGUAAAUUCCAGGAGGUACCAGAACUAAUGGAAAAGUCCCCUAAUAAUCCAUACAAAUUCAUUCCUCUUCCAAACUUCCCAUGUACAAAAGAAUCCAUUUCAACAGCCAUCAACACAGCCACUUUUAAUAUAGAUGGGCUGUUGUUUUUCCACAAGAGGACACAUUACACAUUUGGUUCCACACCCCUUGUGGUCUGGUUAAAGCCAUACAUGCUUCCAGAGAUACUUGAGAUCGAAGUCCCAGAAAAACUGUUGGCAGAGCGACCAGAUAAUUAUUCAAACUACGCUGCUCAUCUUGAGCAUGUGGCAGAGGAGAAGAAAAACAGAGAGGAGGAGAGAAACAGAAAGGGGAAAACUCCCCCAAAAGGGAGAGGUGGGGGAGGAGGGGGUGACUGGAAGGAGAAAAAGAAGAAGGGAGGAAGAGGAGGGGGUAGAGGAGGGGCUCAGACAAUGGAGGUGUAUGAGGACAGUCAACCAGAGAGAGAUCCUUAUUCUAAGCGAAGCUACGGACAAGAUUUCAGAAUGGAUCUGAUGUUCUCUGAAUGGUUGACUGAGAUCCCAUCAAAUUUGGAGACGGAAUGGUAUGCUGUUAUAUGUCCAACUGGAAAGCGCCACCUUGUGUUGGCUUGUGAGGGAGAGACCAUCAGUCAGUUAAAGAAUGGAAUCUUGGUCAAAUCUUUCCGGUCUCUUCUACCAGGAGGGUUUCCAUAUGAAAUGGCACACAAAGAUAUGUGUGUGGUAGACACAAUCUUCAACAAACAGACAGACACAUACUAUAUCAUGGACUGCAUGAUCUGGAAUAACCAACAUCUGACACAGUGCGAGGCUGAAUUCCGAAUGUAUUGGUUGGAGGAGCAGUUAGGACAAAUCAGAAACAUUGGAAGAGUUUCCCGCAAUAAUCAGCAUCCAUUUAUGUUGCUGAAGCGCAUCCCAUGCACAGCACAAGCACUAACAGAGGAGCUCGUGAAAGUGGAAUAUGAUGUAGACGGAGUUCUGUUUUAUAAAAAGUCAUCAGCAUACAUCCCUGGGCAAACAGAGGAUGUGCUAUGGAUCAAACCAUAUAUGCUACCAGAAGUUAUGUCAGAUGUAAUUGUUCCAUCACACCUCUUGAAAAGAAAACCUCCAGAGUUUGACUAUCAAAAGCACUUGGAGAAAGUCACCAAACAGAAGAAAGAGCGUGGAGAGCAGAAAAGGCCCCAGAGGAAACAGAAGAUACUAAAUAUAGAUAAACUGGUCGACGAUAUCAGCCGCAUAUACAUCUCACAGCAACAGAGGGCAGGUGUUGAAAUGUCACCAGAGGAGGUGGAAAUUUCCAAAAGAUUAAAUCAGAAGUCUAAAAAAAUAUCCCAAGGAAAAGGAGGUGGCAAAAAUAUGGGAGACUAUAGUGCUUUAAAAAAGAAAGAAAACAUCACUUUCUAUGGUGAUGAUUUCUCCUAUGAAAACUAUUGUAACUCCAGUUACUAUGGUGAUUACAGUUACUAUGGCGACCAGGGUUAUCCAGGAGUUGAUGGCUAUAGGGGAGAUGGUUAUCAUUCCAUGUCACCUGCAGGGUGGGGAUACGAGGAUCAUGGCAGACAGUGGAAUUCUCCACCCAAGGGCAGGGGGAGGGGUCUAUUGGGUCUCAAACCCUUGGCAGGCUAUUCCAACACACACAGCACAUUUAAGAAGUGAUUUUUCCCCCAUUAAUCUGAACUCUUACAAGUGAUAAGAUUUGGACAACCUGACAAAUUUUAACAGUGUUCACAUUUGUUAAUGGUUAUGUUUGAUAUUUAAGAAUAUAACCCGCUCAUCAUGAUUUUAGGUUUCAAUAAA